UUACCGGACAGAUAAAAGGCCUUUGGUUCCUAGAACAAAAAACAUGAAUCCAGGCGAAGCUAAAAGCGGAAAAGAUGUCGUCGAAGUCUGUGAUCGAGCACGACGGGAUCGCGGCGAAUCACGAUUCCCUUCGCUUUGGGCUACAUACCGUCAGGAGCGACAUCGUUGGAACCCACCCCCUCCAAUCCCAUCGAGAAUACAGGAGUAGGCUUUGGGAGGAGCAAAAGCGGUUAGGUUUUGACCUCACCUAUGGAUCGGCUUUCAAUCUGAGGAGAGAUCUGGACGCUCAAAUUCUCUCUAGAUUCCAAAGGCCUCCUGGAGCUUUGCCAUCAUCCAUGCUAGGUUAUGAGGCUCUCACUGGUGGCUUGGAAGAUUUUGCUUUUGAAGAUUAUCUCAAUUUGCCUCAAGAUUCAGAAACCUUUAAACCAGUAGACAUGAGCCAUGGAAUGGAAGUUCGCAUUGGCAUAUCGAAAGGACCUGUUUGCCCAAGUUUCAUCUAAUGUAUCGUCUUAUCUGUUAUGCUUAAUUGCAAAAUUUGUUUUGCGGAUCAUUUGAAGUCUCAGCUUUUUACUGUGAACUAAUUUUAUUGUUCUAGGAAUGCUGCUAAAUAUGUUCGAUGUAUUCCGUCAAUCAGUUUGAACAUCUAAAUUGUUGGUUCUGGUAACAUGCGUGAGCAUGAGUUUAUUGAUCA